AUGGGAUUCUUGGACUGGAAUCCCUAUCCACCCGACAACGGGACUGGUAUCUGGCGCCACGUCGAAGUUAUUCAAAGAGGCGUAGUUUCUAUGUCGCCUCUCAGAGUCAUCCCGGAUUUUACAAAGAAUGGAUCAAAUGAAAACGUGAACGUCACACUGAAGACCGAUCUUUUGAAUCAUGCGCCACAUACAAUUCAGGUGGAACUGAAUGGUACGAUCAUGGGCCCCAUCAAGGCGGAUGAUGCUGCAAUAUGUGCUACAUUUGAACUAAAGCCCGGAGAGAAGAAGAAAGACUCCAUCCAGGCCGUGCUGAGAAAUCCAAAGAUCUGGUGGCCGGUUGGCUGGGGAGCGCAGCUGCUGUACAGGGCGAAGGUCCACGCCAUGAUUCAAGAGGAACAGCUCAUACAUUCAGAAUCGUCAUCUCAAAAAUUUGGUAUUCGACAUGUCUCGUCUUACGUGAAUGAACACGAUGAUGUGGCUUUCACCAUCAAUGGACAUCCAUUUCAGAUACUAGGUGCCGGAUACAGUGCAGACAUGUUUAUGCGACUUGAUGAGCAAAGGCUUUCGACUAUUUUCGAGUACUCGCACAAUCAUUGCCGCUCCCUGAUAUAUUGA